CCCAUGUGCUGGCCUGCUUGAUAACAGGAGUUAUGACGAUAAAGUGGGCAUUAGUGUGAUCGCGACAGGAUCAGGCCAAGCUCUGCAACUUGGCACCACAAAAGAAGCUGAUAUUUUCCAGUUUCAGCCAUGCAGGGCUCAAGCGAAGUCAUUAUGGAACGAUCGAAGCCUUUAGGCACUGAAUUGGUCGUGAGUACCUCUUCGACUGUUGACAUGACCUGUGGACAUCCUGAGCUUCUUCAAUCCCCAGCUAUCCCAGUGUCUUUGAAGACAGCUGCCUCUCCGAGCCCUAUGGAUUGCGAGUUGGAGGAAGCUGAUGGCGCAAACGUUGGCCUUGAGCAAGCUCUUCAAUCGUUUGUAAGGUACGCAAUCACAAUUGAUUUAUUGUCACAUCGCGAUUAAAUAUUUGGUCCACGUUCUGGGAAAACUGCGCAAAGAUCGUCUGUGCCCAGGUGGUUGCAUUAAAUUUGUAGAUCACGCUAGGAACUUGGUGUUCUUUUUUACGUGAAGGUUAAAACUGAACGUUGUAAAAUUUAUUGUGAAUUUUAUAUGGGGUUCUUCGCGUUGUCGAUAUAGGCAGGUCAUAAUCCCACUGGAUUUCGACUCCUUGACUUGCGCAUAUUUUGACUGCUAAUUGCUGGCCGUAAACUAAAUUUACCGAUUGAAGUCAUUUAUUAGGGUUUGUUUUUGUCGAGGAAUUGGCGAUGGUUCGAAGCCAUGUGUGUUGCUGUUAAGGGCAGAUGUGAUUCGCUUAUGUGGGAAGUCGUUCAGUUGUUUUUUCCGCUCUGCACGUGGCUUAUGAAAAAAAAAUUCAUUCAUUCGGUUUUCCACGAUCGAGGAAUUUCAGAGAAAUUGCUUUAGCUAGACCGAUCUCCAAGAUGAGCAAACUAAACCAAGAUGUGGCUGUUUACGGGCUUAUUCUCGUCUUGUUUACAAGGUUGUUGUAAUUAGCAGCGAAAUAAAAUGGACAGCUCCAUCGUUUGACAUAUACAACCUUUUAAUGUUUUUUGUUUUGUAAACACAGAAGGCGUUUAUUUGAGAAAUUCAUUCCUCGCUAAAUACGUUACACCAAAAGAGAAAAACUCUAUCAAACUUACGAUCAGUGAAGUUUAUUUAGUAUUUAUCAAUCUUUUUCGUUCAAAGUGUCCCCUCGUUGAAUGAAUGGAUGCAAAUCACUUUUCUUCUUAAUUUUUCGCUGCAUGAUUUUCGUUUGUUUCCCAUUAGCUCAAUGAAGCGUGAUAAUGUUCGGUCAAACCUCAUUUCUUACGACUAUUUUGUCAUCUGCGGGUAAACGUUCGGUGCGGUUGAUCGCCGACCUCGCGUGUCAAAGUUUGUAAUCGCGUUUAAUAGUUCUGAAUGCAGAUAAAACACCGAAAAAUCUUCUUUGCGCGUUUUUAACUCGUGAGCUCACAUGGUGGUCGAGCAACUUCCUUUUCACCCAUCCGUAGCGGGACUAAAAUUAGUUUAGCGAAACCCUAGUGAGCUCAAUUCCAAUGACGUAGAAGUAAUUUCAGUGUUCUUAACCCGUGAAACUCCAUCGUACUUUUGCCAUGGUAAUACUGAAAUAAAGAAACACUUGCAAACAAGUUACCGUAAUAUUUAAAAAUAUUUUCGUGAGAUGUGCGGCGAUGGAGUCAAAUCUUCAGCAAACAUGCUGUCAAAGGGGUCGGCAUCGCCGUACAUUUCACAUGCCAUCCAAUUCAAUGAAACACGUGUAGAUAGUGAUUAUCAGACAACUUCAAAAGUCAGGUGCUUCUGAUCAAAUAUACGUUAUAAUACCUUUUCAUGCAAGCAAUUAUUUCUUUAGAUCUUUUCACCUCCUUGUCUGGGCGGGAUUUCGACGAAGUCAGUCGAAAAAAGUUUGCAACGAAAAAAGGAAAAACAGAAAAUCGCAUUCACAUGCCAUUUUUAAAAAAUUAGUUUCUUUCUAACACCCUUUUUUCGCCAAUUUUUGAAAGAUAUUGAUGUCUUAUCGUUAUUUCCCAUGUUCGUAAUGAGUUUCGCGGGAAGUUUCGCGCGAAGAAUUAAAGGACGCUCGUCUCGUUUUUUAAUACAGCUUUUUGUCGCUUUAAACAAAAGCCUUCCAUUUAUGAGCUUACGGAAUUGCAAAAUCUAAAUGAUAUUCACGAAAGAUUAAAAACAUAAUAUUUUUAGCCCAGAAAUACAAUCGUGCUUUCACUUUGGGCAGUUUUGGAAGAUUUGAAACUGACAACGCCUGUUUAUUUCGUGUUCAUGGAAAUGAUCGAGGGGAAGGUUCUUUUUUGAACGUGACACGAAGUCCGUACGCUGUGAAAUGCAGCAUGUCUAGGGGCUUUGUUCGACCAUGUGUUCCACUGUUUGAUCAUCCAUUUGGGUCGUGGGAACGGGGUUUUUAUUGUUUUCAUAUUAAAAUAUUUGCCUUGUAUAUUUACUUGCCCUGUAUUGCGUUUUAAAUGACUUAGGUAAAACGGAGCAUUUUUUUUUUGCGGAUUUUAUUGCGCAAUUUAACUUGCGCCUCAAGGUUUUUUUUAAAUUCAGUUACUGGUGAGUGCAUAGGGAUUUAAAAAGGUGGGCUCUACUUAUUUAGAAUUUAAAUGUUAAGUCGUCCGAAAAGUUAGACUUGCUUUAAAUUACACAGGUGAAUAAGUCAAAGAUGAUAAAUUCAUUUCAAGAUUGUGCUAAAUGUCCUCAUUAAGAUUUUUCAAGUGAAUAUAUUGUGAACAAGAAUUUUUUUUUUCAUGUUUUGAUGAAGACGCCAGGUUAUUUUGACUACUCAGCAGAGACUUGGUGAGCUCCAAAAUACCCAUUAUUUUUUUAGGCUUAUAUUCAGGGGUGGGGUUAUUUUAAAUUACACUAUUACCAGCUUACUGUGAAUUUCCAUCACAUUGGUGACCUUCAAAAUGACUUACUAGCUGGCAUUGUAGUCUUGAUGGUGAAAUUUUUGUAUGUGUAGAAACUAAAUUCUGUUAAGUAAUUAAAAUCCUAAAGUUUGUUUUUUUUUUAACUAAAAAUUUGUGAUUUAAAUAAUGUUUUGUUAUCUUAUUGGUUAAAGUAAUUUUAAGUGGAAUUGUAAGAAACAAAAUGCUGCAGCCAUUAUAAAUAUUUCUAUUUAUCAGAUGACUUAAACAGUCAUCCAGGCCAGGUGGCUAUUAUUACAGUUUUUAUUUGAUAUUUGAUUUAUCACCUGUCUGAACAAAAUGUGUUUUGCUGUUUAAAUGGUGAAUGUUGUAGACAGCUCUUGUCUGUCUCAGUUAAAAGUGCAAAUGAAUUUUUUAACAGAACUAGUUUUUUCUAAAAAAAAAAAACAACAACAACAACAACUACUGAUGAAUACCUCUUUACAUUGUCAUACUAUUUAUAAACACAAUUAAGCUCUUUAUGGAUUACAAGGUUAAGAAUAUGUAAUUGAACAUCUCCAAGUUUUGUGUGAACAAAAGCACUGUUCUGUUGAGCAAAGAUGCUAAUUAUGAUGGUAGAAUCCUAUUUUAAUCACACAUACAAUUUGAUCUAAAAUUAAAUUAAACAUGUCCGUUGGCACUUGGGCAAAUUACAAUGUUUCUACAUUGUAAUUGAAGAGGAGGUAGCGUAAAAACAACACUAAAAUUGACUAGCUAUACUUACUUCUAUGACUGUCUUCAUAUUUAGCCAAAACAGUUCACCUUUUAUACAUCUGGUUAGCAACUUCUGGUUAUCAAUAAAUGGUUUAGCGAAUGCAUAGUCAGCUUAAAUUAGUCUAAGAACUGAACUCAACACUUGCUAUGCAACUUAAAAUAGGCUGGCUUGUGCAAAUAAAAGUUCAUGUAACAUUUUAAAUUUAAACAAAGUGCAUACAACAUAAACUUAAACAGUGUUUGCAUGCACGUUUGACUUGAAUAGUCAAACAGACUGUUUUAUAGCAAAACAAGCACCAGCCACUGCAUUGUCUGCAAAAAUAUUUUAGAUUCAUGAAUCUUGCAUGUGGAUGAAAGUUUUGACAAUUUUUCUAGCUAAAGAUGAAGCAUAUUCAGCCUUCAAUUUUUUUUUUCAGCAAGGAGAUACAAGAGAGGAUCCAAAAAAUUCUGGUAAAUAUAAUGCCUUUAUUCUCUGUUGAUAAGUUUUGUGACUGUUUAAGAGGCCUUCCAGGGGGUGGAAGCAGCAGGCGACAUGGCGCCAAUGACUAGCAACAAUCCUCUCAGAAAGCACCGUCAUAAGCUGAAAAGAGGAAAGAAUUAUGGCAGCAAUAAUCCAUUUUCUAAGUAGUGAAAGUGACUUCCAUUCACUUUUGCAUUUUGGCUGUAUAGGCAGCGAGACAACAAACUCUCUUCCAUUAUAUGCUGUGAAUUCCAAAUUGAUCAGUAUCACAAAAUUUAAUGCCAAACCAAAAGCAACAUUUUCAUCCUGGUUUUAAGGGGACCUGGGACAUUCUUUUCCUUUAACCCUUUAAGCCCCAGUAUCAACAUACAAAUUCUCCAAACUGAUCUCCAUACAUUUCCUUAAGGAAUUACUUGAGAGAAUUUGAUGAUAGAUCAGGGCAUUUUCUCUCACGUGAUCAUUUUAUUAAUUCUUAUCACUUAUCUCUUGACAGUGUAUGGAUAUUGUUAGGAGAAAAUUGAUCUUGGUCACUAUUGGGACUUAAAGGGUUAACAUACCAGGUUGACAGGCAGUAUCAGAAAUGACCAGACCGCAUACUAAUAAUUUUACAUAUUAUUAAAUUAUUUUACAGGAAGAGGUACAACAGCUGUCAGACACUGAAAAAUUGUUGCUCUAUCUUCGACUUCCUGGUGAGACAGCCUCUGAAUCCAAAGAUGAUUUUGAUCAGUAAGUCUUAAAUAAUUAUAUCUAAUUUGUUAACCAGGGGUAAGACAAUUCUGGUGAAAUGAUCAACCUGAAUUCUUGAGUACAUAGAACUUUUCACACUUAGGUAAAGAAAUACCAAAAACAAGAUAGUGAGAUGUUUUGCAAGGAUGGUGCUGAUCAGGGAAGAUGAAAAAAUGGUGGGUUCAUUACUUCGUGGAAGCAGGAAGGUUUUUUUUCAUAUUGUAAUGUUUGGAAAACAUUGGACUGGAGACAAACUUGUUCGUAUGAAUUAAUUAUUUGCUCCUUUUCUGAUAACUGUAUAUUUAGUUUCGUUGUUUGGUAAAAAAUAUUGAAGAAAUAUAUCUUUAGUCUGUAAAUCUUUUGUUGUAAAUUUUAAAGGAUUUAAAGGUUGUUAAUGUCUUACUUUAAUAGAAAUCAAAGUCUUCCCAUCUCUACUACAAGAGCAGAACAAACACAAGCAUUUCAUUGGUGAGAUUUUUUUGUUGUGAUGGUGUGAUACCUUUACCCUGUUGAAAUUUUAUGAUUGAUCAAUUUCCUCAAAUAUUAUUUUGUUCAAAUAGACAGACUACAAAGUAUAUAGUUGAAUAUCCAACAAAAUACCUCUGCAGAACAAACCUAGCAUUCCCUGUGGAUAUCAUAUAUCCAACCUCAAACAGGUUCAUAAGAUAUACAGAGGUGUUUCUUGUGCAACUCAUCAGCCUUUAUUAUAGAGUAAUCCAUUAGUCCUUUGAGAGGAGUUUCCUUGGUUAACAUCUUGGUCUCCCUGCAGUUGCCUCUUGAUAAGGAUUUAACAAAUUGAAUCAUGUUUAAACACACAAUCAGAUUCCAUCCAAUCAAAACUGUUUAACAUAUUUUCAUUUACACGUGCAAAGAUGUGUUGUCGCUUUUAAUUGAACGGUAUAUAUUAGGUCAGUUUUUAGUUUUUGUCUUGUCACUUGAUAAUGUCAUGGCGACACUGACACAUCGUGUUUAAAAUGUUUUUGCUUAUCUUUAUUCUGAAGAAUAAAUCAUGUUUUAUUAGUUAAUUUAACUGUGGUGUUGAUUAUUUGUUUGUUAAAGGAUUCGAUGUCAUUUGGAGGAGUGUGACAACAAUUCCACUUUGCCCAAGCAUGAAGUCUAUGAUGAAUAUAAGUAAGUCAUUAAUUACCACAAAUCCUCUAUUAAGCCCCCUGGGGGGCUUAUUUAAGUUGGAAAAGACAAUCAGGGCUGUCAUUAAGAGGUGGGGCUGGGGAUUUCUCCUGGCUACUAUGAACAUACUCAGAAGAAUACUCAGAGGUGGGGAAGGGGGCUUGUUUGAUGGGGGGGUGCUUAAUGGAGGAUUUAGGGUAAUAUUGUUGUCAGAAAAAUUAAAUAAUUGAUUGGAAGAUUAUAAGUAAAAGUACCGUCAGUGGCAAGUAACUUUGGUCUUUAGAAGAUAUUGCAUUUUUUUCAAACUGCCACUUGCAAUCAGCUCCCCCUCCCCCUCUUGCAAGCCCCUAAACUAUACCCCCCCCCCCUUGUAGGCCCAUCUACCUGUAAACAAAAAAUAAAUAAUAUAAGCCCCUCUCUAAUUCUGUACCAAGUAUAUAUAUUGAAAUGAAUUUGAUCUGUUAUGAUGUUUUGAAGCUUAAUUAAAAACAGUGAACGCAAACUGUAAUUGGAUCAGCACUAUACUGCUAUAGCUUGUUUGAAGCACUUUUCCUUUUCUAGUUUUAAGCCCCUCCCUUUACAAGCCCUCAUAAAACCCCUUACGAAGAUGUACAGCUGUAUAAGCCCAGGGCUUUUUAGCAACAGUGUAUAGUAUAUCAACCUCAACUCUGUCCAGGCAAUUCCAAUAAUAUCGUCCGGAUUGUCCCACAUCACAUCAGAGGUGCUGUUCCCAUCUGAAACACCUUAUAAUCAACUUAAAACAUUUUGAGGAGACUAACACACUAUGUUCACACUACACUGGAUAUGUUUUUGUGUCGGCAUGAACACCCAUCUGAUAUGUGGCUCUCAACUUUAGAGAUCAGCAUGGCACAGCUUUGCUUCAUCACAGAAUUUGCACAGAAAUCACCGUUUUUAUGUGUGAACAGAUUUAGCCGUAUCCGGUAUAGCACAAAAGCUAUCUGCUAUAAAGUGAAGAAACCCUAACGCAAACGAGAGGAUCCAGAUGAUUAGGGAAACCAGAUUUAACUGUCCUGUGGACAUUCAUUUUGUUUCACUGUUUUUUGACUGAUUGAGAUGUUUAACAAUCAAUUUUUUCAAACAGAGCUCACUGUGAGAGCAUGAAUGCUGCGCGGACAUUAAGUGCACCUGACUUUGGGAAGAUUAUCAAGUGUGUGUUUCCCAGAGUGAAAGCAAGACGACUAGGGACACGAGGGAAUUCUAAAUACUGUUAUAGUGGAAUCCAGAGAAAGAAGAACGUAAAACCACCUACCCUGCCAUCUCUACAAGUGCCAUCAGCAAGUGAAAAAGAAAAGGUGAGAAAUAAAUUUGUUUUUUGUUGUUGUUGUUUUUAAUGUAGGAUUUAGCUUUACAUCCUUGAAACACAAUGUUUAGUUAUUGCAGGCGACCAGAGAAGCCCGCAAUCCUUAUCUGCAGGUUGACAUGACACAUGAGCAACACAGCAUGUAUGUAGCCAGCAUUCAUUUGGACUUCCACUAAGAAUGAAUGGAAUGGCAAAAACUCAAUCUCAUCACGCACAUUUGUCACUCAUAAUCUGAUUUCCUCUGCAUUUUGACGUCCUAUCAUGUGUAGCCUCGGACAAGGCUCCGCAGUGAGGGGAAAAGGCAAAAAUGGGGUGAAACUUUUGCAGAGCAUAGCAUUAGAGCAAGAGUUGUUUGACCUUCGAACUAUCUCACAUGUACUCCCUAACCUUUGGUUAUCCUAGUUAUAAUGUUUAAGGCCUUCCUAAGAGUUUUUAUUUCAUUGGUGUCGCCCAAGGAUUUUGUCUGCAGAAUCAUUUCAGUUAAGUUUGCUAAGUUCCAAUAUUAUACCUCUUAUUUAAGAUAUCAAAAUGUCCUUACGAUUAAUGAAACAAUUCUGGUUUUAAUUCAAUGUUAAUUCAAACAAUUUUUUCACAAUAAUCCUCUUUAACCAGAAUUUGAAUCACCUUUCAGAGUUCAAGUAAUUCAGCAAACAGUCCAAAUGGAGGAGACAAAAUAGAAGAAGACCAAACCCUCUCAGCAGCUUGUAUGCUAGUGUGUGAGUGGGCCAAUAAACUUCUUGGUAGGGUAUUCAGCACGUUGAUUGAACUGGCCAGGUUUCUUGUUGGCGGGAGUUACGUAUCCAGCAAAUCCAUGGCAGCAUUUGUGGUAAUGUCCAGCAAUGAUCUAAGCACACCUCAGAUAAGUCAUUCGUUAGUGUCUCUAUUGACACCCUUGAAGCAAAGUGAUGAUCCAAUGUUACUGUCACAAAAACGGCGACAGUCACAGCAGAUGCCUAAGAAGAUGCCGCAAAGACAACAGCAGAAGCAAAUUCAACAAAUUCCUUCCAAUUCCUUAAUCCAGCAGGGAGCAGCUCUUUGUAACACAACACCACAGUUACUGGCUCACAAGGCUUUGGUGAGUAGAAAUAAAUACAGUUGAACUGCUAGUAGGUUGGCCACCCUCAGGCUACUGGCAAGUGGCAGCUUAAUGGAGGUUGGCCACUCAAUAGAGGUUUGUCAUAAAUAAUGGUGCAACCCCGUUAAUACGGUCACCAAUGGGCCAAAAAAAGUUUGGCUGUAUUAACAGGUGACCAUAUUAACAAGGGCUUAUUACAAGAAAAUGCAUGGCCGUUUUGCCGGGAGGCAAAAAAACGGUGGCCGUAGGUGUAAUAACAAGGUAGCUGUAAGGCCAGGUUUCACUGUAGCAUAAUCUUUAGCAGAAGUUUCACUUUAUUUUGUUGAAACAAAAAAAAACACACACACACACACACGAGAAGCGGCAUUACCGUGCCACAAGUUUGUUGUGACCUUCUAUGUUAUGCUGAAUUUUCCUUAAUUAUUGUAUUUAUAAAAUAAAUCCAAGCACCUGAUGGCUGCUUAACAUUGUGACAACAAUAAGAGAACUCUCAUCGAGAUGGCCAAAAGGUGGUCGCUGUCACUGGAUAAAGGUGGCUACUUACACUCACUGUAUUUCAACAACAUAAAUUACAAAUUAGCACAAAGAACAGCGUUGAAAAGGGAAAGAACCUCAAAAAGCGCCACAGCACCAUUCUAGGAGGGAAUCCUAAACUACCUAUAACUGGCUAUGAGCCUAAGACAUAUACAAAAAAAUCAAAAUUAUAUACGGAAAUUCAAAAGUGUAUCAGCUAAAACUCUAGAAACCUUCGACUUAAAAUCUGCCACAGUCUCUCCUCUCUCCUCUAAUAUCAUGAGGCCGAGACGAUGCCAUUCCCAAAUAUUCUUUUCAAGAAACUAUAAUUAUUUGAAUAAGUUAGUCCUUGAAUAACUUAUUAAAGGUUUACAGUUUAAUUUGUUGUUUGCAUUUUUUAGGUAAGCGUCCCAACUCCACCGAAGACACCCCAUAAACAGCCAUUACAUAUCCAGCCAAAGCCAAUACAAUCAUCUCUCCAGAGUCCCCCUUCUCAGAUAGGACAGUUUUACCAACAACAGCAGCCACAGUCAGGCAACCCUACCACUACACCCAGUGGAUUUCCUUCCAAAAUAAGACCUGUUACUCCAUCGAUGAUGUCGCCGACAACUCCUAUACAGCAAGCAAUGCCACAGACACCUUCACCAUUCCAGUCAUCACCAAAGUUCAACACUCCAGGGACACCACACAAUCGUCCUGUUACUCCCAGUUCGGCUAAUGCCACACCCAGACACACACCAAACUCAGCAGAGCCCACCCGGUUUUUGUUCACGCCAAUCACUAGUGGAUCACAAGAACAGAGGGUAAAUAGAGGAGAGACAAGCCCUCCGACGUUGCGACCCACUGCAACCCAUCCUAGCCAGCUUAUUAAUAGUGACUGGCCGCAGCAAGGAGCACCACAGAUGGGAGUCAAUGAUAUGCCCAUGUCACCCAGUAAACAACCAAGAUUGAUUAACCAGAACCCUCCUUCUACACCAACGUCAAACCGCAGACCUGGCUCCUUUGCGUACCCUCUGCCUUCUCCCAGAACGCCACAGCGCAUAGCUCCACAACAAUACGUGACGUCGCCAACAAUGGCUUCGCCUGGGGUGGGGAGACAGUUGAAUCCUGUCUCGCCAAAUGUUGUACAAAGGAGCCAGGAAUUUAUGCUCCCGACAGUGAUUUCACAUGUGGAGACUAUGGCUUCCACUGGGUACUCUCAGGGGGUCAGUAUGAGUAGCGUUGUCUCGUCUGGAAGUGAUGUACAUAUGACUCAGCAGCAGCAACAGCAGUCUAAGCAAGGGUAAGUCAUUUACAAAAGCGAUAAAAGGUGUGGCAUAGCCUCAGUAAACACCACACAUUUCGCGACUCACCACUGGUUUCCCCGCGAAAAGACGUCUGAAAAACGAGCGCAAAACUCCAUAUUGAUGACGUGUCACUGCCCAAUUCUGGGGGUUGAAGCAAAUUUCCCUCUCGGUAUGACCAAUCAGAGGUGCUGCCGCGAUCCGGGUAGUAACACGUAAUCGGUAUAGAUGUUUCAUUCGAGCAAUUGUCGUUACUCAUUAUCACCCCUGCGAGGAAUGAAUUCUAAAAGGAAAAAAUAAGCUAGCACUUUAUUUUUAUUAGCGUUUAAGACGUUUCGAAAACCUUCCUGUCGCGAAAGAUUUUUAAAAUUUUGAACAAUAGUUCCUAUUUUUGUUUCAUUGUAUUCGGCUAGGAAGGAGCCGCUUAACUCUAAUGGCGGCCUUUUUAGAUUUGAGCUCCCGAAGCGGUACCAGUUCAAAGAUUUAAAAAGGAAAAAAACACGACGAGCAAGCCGGUCAUUUUUAAGUGCGCGUUUCCCCUCAGAGGGUUUAUUAAUUUUUCCAUGGCGGAAACAAGUAGGGUAUCAAGAAUUUCUAGACCACGAGUGGUCGUCUUUCUUUCCUCAGAGCCAAGCACGGCGAGGAAAAAAGUAAAAUAAUGCAAAUUUUUGGAGAGAUCGGGGGUUCAACCCUCGUUCCUCGCGAGUUUGCCGCUUGCCCCUUACGCGCGUUCUCAAUCUAGUAUAAUUCGAAAGGGAAUAAGAGAAUGCUCCCAGUCUUAAUAAUUUCUGAUUUCACAUAAUAUCCAAGCUGAGGCAUUUGUAAUAUUAAUUUGCAUUUUUUGGUAUGAUUUUUAGGGCACCUGCUCUGUUGCCUAAAUCGUGUAGAUUCAGCAGUGGUUCAGAUAAUGGACAAGUGCCGCAAGCGUCUAUGAUUCAACAUCAAACAAUGGAUUAUUCACCAGAAUUGGAGUCGAUCUGUAACCAGGCCAUAAGUUCUACAGGUCAAAUGCCUCCGCCAUCGUACCAGCGAAGUCAGUCUGUUCCUCCAUUGACACAGCAUGCGCUGGCCGAACAGCGGUUUCAUCCAUUGACACCACAGACUACCACCCGUCCCCAGCACUUGACACCAUCGCCCAUGGACUCGUCAAAUCAACACUUGAAUGGUUUAAAGGAACUACGCAACAGAGUUCUCCAUGGUGACGUUAAUAAUAAUGGCUCAAGACCGCCGCCUGAUAGCGCUUUCUCCGCGCGGAGAAACUUAACACCCAUGCUCAACGCGGAACACUCAAACAUGAACGCUGCCCCGCCAAACUGGGCGGUGUCACAGGUCCGAACAAACCACCCGAACAGGGCUGGCGAGGAUCAUGAAAUGACCAUUCUGGAAAAUAACUUGACUUUUGCGGAUCUAAGCAAUGAAAAUGAUGAAACAUUAUCUGAUCUAAAUACGCUGGAUGAGGCUACUACGGAAGCAGUACUGAGAAAUAUUUGUAAUAACACCUCUGGUGUUUGGCCCACUAAUGACGUUCAUACAUGGCCAAACUCACAACCGCUGCAAAUUAUGGAUUAAGCCUUGCCUCCUGUAAACACACCCCACGCCAGAACAGAAAAAAAUGUGUUCUUAAGGGAGGUUGGUUAAGAAUACAGUGUUUGUAUGAGGUUUUUAUUAUGACUAGGUUUCUGCUUACACAAAGUGUCCUUUAGCGGAUUUGUUUGAAUGUCGUCUAUAUUAAAGCUCGGUUCUACAAUUUCUUCCCUCAAAAAUACAGGUUUUUAAUCGGUGUGAUGGUUAUGUCAAUUAACAUUGACAAAUAUUGUAGAACGUUUUGCUGUGUGGAUUGUGGCCAGGCAACCAAAUUUUAACUUAACUAUUUGUUUCAAAGUGUGCAGGUGUUGAGGUGCGGGUAUUGUGGAG